UAUUGUUCCAAGGCAAAUGACAACUACAAUUUGAGGUUAUAUUUACAAUUUGUGGAUUUGCUAAAGCCACCUCUAACAUUUCGAGUUUUUCUCUAAAUUAUCAAUUUUGGUCGAAUUAUGGCUGGUGGAUUCACAGAGACCGCGUUCAUAAAGAAGCUAGCGGAACUCAAUAAUUCCUCUCAAAGCAUACAAACUUUGAGUUUGUGGUUAAUUCAUCACAGGAAACAUUAUAGUACAGUUGCCAAAAUAUGGAUCAGAGAACUAAUCAAAGCGAAGGAUAAUAAGAAACUUACUUUCAUGUAUCUAGCUAAUGAUGUUAUUCAAAAUAGCAAAAAGAAAGGCCCUGAAUAUGGACAGGAAUUUGGAUUACAUUUGAAGAAGGCCUUUGAACACAUGUCAAAAGGAGAUGAAAAAACAAAGAACAGUUUGGAUAGGCUACUUACUAUUUGGAAUGAAAGAGGAAUAUAUGAUGGUGUAUUGAUAAGCGAAUUCAAACGAGCACUGGUAUUAGGUUAUGAGCCUCCUCCUAAGAAAUCUAAACCUAACGACCACAAGAAAAGUCCAACUAGGGAGAGGAAAAAAUCUGAGACUGAAAAAGUCAUAGAGCAUUCUGACGGGUCAAUUGAGACUCACGUACACUUGAGCCCUCAUACGCCCGCUGGAGAUCCUCCUGAACCAGAAGAACUGAUCAAAGCUAUCCAAGAUUUAGAAUUGAAUAUUGCCUCCUCGGAUGAAAUUGUUCGAGAAAGAAUAGCUAAAUUGCCAAGAGAAGUUUCAGAAGUGUCAUUAAUUUCGAAAAUUGAAGAUAAAGAAGCUGCCGAAAAGCUUAGUUUACAAGUUGGAGAAGCAGUCCACUUACUGAGCCAGUACAAUACUAGAUUAUCAGCUGAAAUGGAUCAUAGAAAGAAAGUAUCAGUUAUGAUGCGAGACUUUUUAUUAGUUCAAGAGGAACUUUUGGCUCAGGCUGAACGAAACUUGGAGGUGAGCAUUAAUUAGAUUUUUCCUGAUAUU